CGGUAAUGGAGAGAUCGGCGCUUUUCAAGAACAUCUACAUCAUUCUCUUGAUCCUCCGACAUCCUCUUCACCGAGAGAAAACCCCCAACAUCAACAACAACAGCUACGUGUUGAAGAAGCCCAUGCUGCACAAGAAAUUCCACCAAGUAGUUCAGGAGGAUUGGGAUCAUCAAGGGUAAACCCAAAUUAUGUUGGUGAAAAUGGUGGUAUUCCUCAUGCUUCCCAUUGCCAGCUUCCUCUCUCCUUCAGUGGUGGUGGGGACCUCGAACGCGAACGGGAUGAUCACGAGCCGGAUGCAAAACCUGCAUCAACUACG